UCGUCUCAUGACCUAGAGCGCAUUUUUGUUUACUAAGUUGCGAAGAACGUAUAAAUUAAAAUUCAAGAUGUACGGCAGAGACGGAGGAGCCAACAUUAUUCUAGCAACAUCUAAUGAUCAAUUGCAUCCGCCGGAAAACAUGCUUGAUGGAUCCGAUGCAACAUUCUGGUCAUCAACCGGCCUAUUUCCACAAGAAUUCAUCAUCAGUUUCGGCAACACCAUGGAUGUUCAGAGAGUUUCUCUCAGUGGCUACAACAUUCGCCAUCUUCAGGUGGAAAAGUGCACAGGACCAGAUCCAACUUCGUUUGAACCAGUAACAGAAAAAGAUCUCCCGCAGACAGACGGGCAGCUGCAGAAUGAAGACAUCGAUGUCCGGGCAAAGGCCACCCAUCUACGCUUUGUGAUCGAUUCUGGAUAUGACCAUUUCAUAGCCAUUCACCAACUGAAUGUAAAUGGCAACACAGUUCAUGGAUAAAUUUUGUGAACUAAAAUAUUUUGUUUAAUAUUGGUAUUUUCCAAGGGGAAUAACUUGUGUGAUGUUAUACAUGAAAUUUAGACAUUUUACUGCCCUUCUCUUAUUCGACAUGCAUGUUUGCUUUUGAAUUUUCAACAAAAAAUAAACAAUUAUAUUCUUCCCAAUCAUUCAUAGCCCUGUUAUUAUUAUUAUUAUUAUUAUUAACAUUUAUGAAUAAUUAUUGUUAAAUUAUACCAACAUUUGAAGGGAAAUUAUUUGUGUAUUAUUUAUUCCAUCAAUGUAGUUAUUUAACCUCCUUUUAGAGGUUAUGGUAUCCUCCGACAAAUUUAUAAAUGACAUUUUUUGACAUAGUCAUUUAUGGUGUUUAUUGAGUAGGGUAUUUUAAUGAAAACUAUUUUUGUUCAACAUUCCGUCCAAAUAAAGUUUUA